AUGGGCUUUUUUAAAAAAACCUGGGUUUUGGCCAACCCUGGUUAUGGAACUUGGUUACAGAAGUUUCGCAUCAAGAAUGAAGAAAUAAGGCAAUGUACAGCUGAAUUUUUUGGAACAUUUAUUCUUGUGAUGUACGGUGACCUGACUUUAGCAAUGUCCAUUUUGGGUGGUCAAGGUGUACCGGACGCUCUAGCUGCAACCUGGGCAUGGGGCGUAGGAAUCAUUCUCGGAAUAACUGUCUCUGGUUCCGUAUCAGGAGGUCACAUCAAUCCAGCAGUGACACUUGCUUUUGCCUCCGUAAAAAAACUUCCAUUGAGGAAAGUCUUCUGGUACUUUCUUGGCCAAUAUUUGGGCGGAUUCAUAGCAUCUGUCUUCGUAUUUUUAACUUAUUAUGAUGCUUUCAACAAUUACGAUCCAGAUAGAACCGUUGUUGGGCUUUUCCGCACAGCCCAUAUCUUUGCUACCUAUCCCAAAGAUGGAAUCAGCAUCUGGAACUGUUUUCUUGGAGAAGUCAUCGCAGGUUUCCUGGUUAUGUUCAUUAUCAUGGCCGUAGUUGAUAAGAAGAACAUGCAUCUCCCUUUGUAUCUGGAGGCUAUAUUCAUCGGCUUGAUGGUACAGACAACGUUGCUGGCGUUUGGCCUCAACUGCAUGGCUCCUCUCAAUCCGGCUCGCGAUCUUCCACCUAGAAUAUUCACUGUCAUAGCAGGAUGGGGUACACUCACCUUCAGCAUUCGAAAUUACGGAUACUUUUGGAUUGGAAUUAUUGGACCUCACUUAGGCUGCAUCUUAGGAGCUUGGGCUUAUUAUCUUGCAAUAGAAAUUCAUUUUCCUGAAAAAGAGCUGGGGAAGGAUUGCGAAGAGCCAGCUAUGUCAGAGGCAAAGCUGACGUCAAAAUAAGUAUUUAACUACACCAAAGUAGUUGAAACAAAGUUUCAUUUGUAAUUAUAUUUCAACUUUCUGUGUAAUAAUAUUCCUUUCGCUCUUU